CCGGGUCUGCGCCAGGAAGGCCCAAGAUUCCAUCGCGCGAGGCUCUCUCAGCAGCACGGACUGCAGUCUCCGGGAGGCGCCCCUGGAGCUCCGAGGACUCGCCCCGCGCCGUGCGGUCCUUCGCCCCUUCCGCCCCAACCCGCCUCCCCUACCACCGACACCUGUUACCUCAAAGAGGACUUCGCCGCCCGCGCUCCCCACGUCCUCUGCUAGGCCCAAGAGCGCCGUCCGCAGCGCCGUCGAGGCUAUGGGCAGCCGGCCCCGCAGCCCCAGCGCCUUCCCUGCGCCCUGGUGGGGACAGCAGCCAGGAGGACCCUGCCCUGCCAAGCGCCUCCGAUUGGAGGAGCCCGCGGGCCCCGAACCCCGCGUGGCGCCCGGCCUGGAAGACCCGGCAGGGACCCCGGCCGUGGGCGCGCUCACCUCCGUAGUCGUCCUGGCCGCGGGCUGUGCCCUGCGUGUGCCCCUGGACGACGUCGACCUGGUGCUGGAGCUCCCGCCAGCGUCGAUCCUGCGAGUGUCUCUCGAUGGACACACCCUCAUCCUGAUCCCCGAGGUCCUCCUGAGCUCUGUCGACGAACGCUCAGGAGCGCAGGGCGACUCGUCUGCCGGCCUGGAAGUGGACGUUUUCCUGGGCGCUCUCAGGGAGGAUGUCGUCGUCGAGCAGGAAGUCUGCGCAUCUGUCCCAGAGAUCGCCGCCCAGGAAGAGGCCUACGAGGAGGACGCGGACCCCGAGUUUCCGGAGCUCCAGAUGGACGCCGCAGCCGGCUCAGCCGCUGGGCUCUACUCCUCCUCUAGAAGUAUGUUCAGCCCCUGUUGGGAGGGCCCCAUCCCAGAACCCUGUGCUCUGGCCCCCAACCCCAGUUCAGAGAGAUGCUCUCCACGCCCCAUCUUCGACCCGGAAUUCCACCUUCUGGAACCUGUCCCCAGCUCACCUCUCCAAUCUCUACCUCCCUCUCCGCGCGUGGGGAGUCCAGGUCCCCACGCGCACCCGCCGCUCCCGAAACGCCCUCCGUGCAAGGCCCGCAGACGACUGUUCCAGGAAUGAACUGCUUCCCACAAUCCCUUGCCACCGGCCGCAGGUUCGUGUGGAUCCUCCAAGACUCACUGUGAGGACUUGCCACCGCCUGGAAAUGCAGUAUCUUCAUUCGUCGACAGUGGGCAGUUGGAUUACUGUUGUUUGGGUGGGUUGGUUGGUUGGCUGGUUGGCUGGUUGGUUUUUUGGCAGAAUUCCUUGGUAAGUGGCAGGCAAGGACAUGAAAAAAGAAAAGCAGAUUCUGGCAAGCACCUUUACCAAGAAGAGUAGACCACACAUAACCAGUCAUGGAUUUUCAGAUCCCUUGCCUUUGCUGCAGGAGCUGUUACUUCUGCCUUUGUCACCUUCAGCCAACUGUAUCCUCAGUUUCACCCCUACUCUUGCUUAAAGCUCCCUUCAGUUUUCUUUAAAAUUCCCCCCUUUUUUAUCACCUCCAUACACCUAUCCGUUCUCUCCAAUCCAGAUCAUUGUCUUUCCUUCUUUUUGCAGUUACGAAUUUACCUAUACGAUUUCUCCCAACAUCCUCUGAAGUGCUUCUGACCACUGAUUUUAUUUUCCCCUUGCUCUCCUUAACUCCUUUUCCUGGACCUGGACAAUCAAGAUAAAUGCAUAUUAGAUUAGAUAGUAAACAAACAACAUUCAAAUGUAAUGAAUGCACUGGAGCUUUUGGAAGUGUUUCUGCAAAUAAGAAUUUAAGGGCCGGGCGCGAUGGCUCACGCCUGUAAUCCCAGCACUUUGGGAGGCCGAGGUGGGUGGAUCACCUGCCGUCAGGAGUUCGACACUAGCCUGGCCAACAUGUCGAAACCCUGUCUCUACUAAAAAUACGAAAAUUAGCCGGGCAUGGUGGCGUGUGCCUGUAAUCCCAGCUACUAGCGGGGAUGAGGCAUGAGGAUCGCUUGAACCUGGGAAGCAGAGGUUGCAGUGAGCCAAGAUCGUGCCAUUGCACUCCAGCCUGGGCAACAGAGUGAGACUCCAUCCCAAAAAAAAAAAAAAAAAAGAAAGAAAACGAAAAAAACAAGAAUUUAAAAAUUAGUGAAAGCAAUAUUUAAUGAGGGAAAGUAGGAAGUUGUGACACUUUCAUUCCAGCAGCAGCUUGUACAAUGACAUAUUCUAUGUACUUUAACCAAUGAGUAUUCCUGAAUUUCAGGGCAGUGUGGGCUUCACCUUGAUUUCCUCUCAGGGGUACUCACUCAGCUUCACCGCAUGGACAAUUUGGUCUAAUUUAUUUUUGAGAGUUUUUUUCAUGCUUUUGAGUCCAUCACCCUGAAUUGGCAGUCGUUAUUUCUUAGUAUUAUUUCCUUAAUGUCUUUUUAACUAUAAAGGAAAUAAAAUAUUACACAUAAUGUUGUCAUAUCCUUUGAUCCCCACUCUUCUCCCCCAUUCCCAGGGGAUUCACAUCAUGACACAAAGGUGGUGGAUAUCAUUCUAGUCAAUAUAGGAAAGCUACGUAUACAUAUAUAUAUGUAUGUAUAGAUAUAAAUAAGCAAUGUUUAUGUUGUUUUCUGGACAAUUAAAUUUAUAUAACUA